CUCCAUAUAUCUGUAUAUGUAUAUGCAUAUAUCAGUUAUAGAGGUUAGAAUUUUAUGGCCAGAAAUUAGUCCUGACUUUUACCCUAUUUCAUAUGUAACCAGUAACAAGGCACUGUUUUCUGGUGACAAAAGUAUCAUAACCUUUGACAAAACUGUUUAUUUUCUUUCCGCUGGAUGGUUUAAUUUCAUCCAUCAACAAUGGUUACAUUACUAUUCUAUUGGUGACAAAAGGAAAACUUUCAGAAUGGAGAAACCAGAUGAACCUACUGCAGUUAUCAAAAUGAAGCGGGACUUUGAACAGUUCUUGUCUGGCUCAAGGCACAAUGGAAGUGGAUUACAAUUCAAUCUGGAUCAAGAUAUUACGGAAGACCUUGGUUUAUCCUAUGAGAGCUCAUCUCUCUCUAGGAAUUCCUUAUUAGCGAGAGAAAAGAAAGAUGAAAUGUUAAAAGACAUAGAGAUGAAGAAAGCAAUGUGUGAAAUUAAUAAACUCAAAAGUGAGCUGAUGUCUGAGCAAACUUCGAGAAAAAGAUCUAGAGUUGAAUUUGAUAAGGAUUUUGAAUUCGUUCAAAGUGAGAAAGAGAGACUGGAAGAGAAGGUGAGAGAGGUUCAGAGCAAGCUGUUGGUGUUGUGUGGCAGAGAGGAACAAGUGACAGCCGAGAACCAGGAGCUGAGAGCAGAGCUCGCCCACAAAAAGAAGCACUACAAUGACAGUAUGUCUGCCAUGCAGAGUGACAUCUUUAGACUGCAGGAAGAAGUGCAACAGACCAAAGACAUAGCCUCAGCUGAGCAAAGUGAAUUGAGGAAUCAGCUGUUUGAAGUUGAAGCCAAACAGAGAAACACAAAAAGUGAUCUGGAGGAAACCAAGGCUCUACUAGAGCUCCAGAAGAGUGCAGCAAAAGAUUUGCAAGUGAAAAUUGCUGAUCUUAACCAUUACAAGGCAAUAUUUGAAAAAGCAGAAAUUAAAAUCAAGGAGCUUGAGUACAAGAUCAGCCAAUCAGAAGAGGAUGCCAUAGUGAACAGGUCAAUGAGGGAAAAACUGGUUUCUGUGUCUGGUCUUGAGAAGGAAAUUCAAAAGUUAAAGCAGGAGAAUGGGCACCUGAGAGAAACUCAAGAAAACAAUGCUUUAUUAAAAGAAGAAGUAGAGAACAUGAAGCACAAAUUGGAGAGAAAUGAAUUUCGCUGUGAGAGACUGUCUGUAUUGGAAGCUGAAAAUGAGGAACUGAAGGACAAACUAAUGAAGUGGGAAGAGGUCAAGUCUGAAAAUGGAUCACUUGAAACUCCAUCACAGUUAAACCAAAGAUUAAAAUACCUCCAAGAAUCCCAAGCUAUUAUGUUGGAAAAGCAAGGUGAAUUACAAUCAAGUGUGCAUUUAAAAGAAGAAGCAUUAAAAAAAGCUUCACAAAAUCAGGAGAAUUUGGUUGCCCAGCUGACCACAGAGAAAACAAAGACUCAGCAACAGAUGCAGUUUAUCAAAAGACUCCAGCGGAAGCUUCUCCUUAUAUCAAAGGAAAGAGAUAUGUACAAGAGCUUGAUUGACUCUUACCAAAGUGAGGUUACAGUGAACAUCUCUACCACAGCAUCUUCACGGAUACAGCAACUGGAGGAUAUUCUUGAGAGUUACAGGAAACAGAUAGAGUCUAUGGAAACGGAGAUUUCCAAAGUCCCAACAAACCAGGAUAUAACAUUAAACAUCACUGAGAAAGCCUCCAGUGGAGUUUCCCAGUCUCAGGAAACCUCUGACCAAAGUCUCAUAUUACAAUUAAGAGAAAGAAUAGCAUUUUUAGAAAAAGAAUUAGAAAAAACAUCAGAAGAAAAAUACACUUUGGAAGCAAGAAUUGAACAGAAGCAUCUUCAGGGUGACUAUGAUCCCAGCAAACUAAAGGUUUUACACUUCACCAUGAACCCUGCAGCGUUAGCUCAGAAGAAGAGAGCAGAGGAGCUGAUCAAACUAAGGGAAGAAAAUGAGCGUUUGAAAAAAAGAGUGGAAGUCUUAGAGGAAUCCAAAGGGCAGGCUCAAGACGUAACCUUUCAGGUUGAGCAGAAAAUGUCUGAGGCUCCUUGUCCCUCUAAGGAAGUGGAGGAAAUGAAGAAGAUGCUGGAGACAGAGGAACUUAAAAAUAAACGGUUGUUGGAAGUGUUUAAAAAGACUAGCCAGGAGCUCCGUGAGGUGUGCUAUCAACUGAUGGGCUAUAAAAUAGACAUGCCGUGUGCUAACAAGUACAAAAUCACCAGUCUGUAUGCAGAAUCCCCAGAAGACUUCUUCAUGUUUGAGCAAUCACCAGGUGGAGGGGUUCAGUUCUUAGCAACAGAUUUUGCUGAGACACUGCAGGAUCACAUAGAUACAUACAUCUCUAAAAGAAACUCUAUCCCAGCAUUCCUAAGUGCUGUGACGUUAGACUUGUUCAGUCGUCAGACUGUGAAUAUUAGUUAAAUGUUUGUGUUUAUUCAUUUAAGGAGGCCUACUGCAGCACUAUCGUUUUAAUUCAAAGUCUGUCCCAAGAUAUUUAUGCUGCACAUUUGGACAAUUUUUAAUAAAAAUACACAUACCUGUGAAAGAAGUGCAAUUGAAAUUAUUAAGGAGAAAAUUUUCAAGAUAACUUCAUUCACACAUUAUCAUUUUUCCCUUGUAAAAAUUCACAAUUCCUACGGAGAUUUAUAAUGGGGAAUGUUGACAUCUUUGUCUAUUCGAAAGCUUAAUUAAGUCACUUGGAAUACCUCGCACAAUUUUCAUCUCUUAAACAAUGGAAAAUCCCUGUAGACUCUUUAUCUUUAGGUGUGUAUUGAAACCUGACAAGCUAAAGGGUUCGUUUCAAGAAGAAAUCUCGGGAUUUUUUCAUAUUAUUGAAUGAACAUCAUCUGAACAAAGAGGCAUUUCUAAAUAUCGAAUAAUUUAGGAAAAUAUGUGACAAAAAUAUCUUGGGACAGACUAUAAGAGAGAUAAAUUCAAAAAGUGAUGAUAAAUGUGAAAUUAAAAUAUGAUUGUUUAUAUAAACUGUUUUACUUGAAGUAAUGUUACAAUCUAUAGAAAUGGUAUGUGCUUGUUAGGAAUAUAUUGGAGAAUUAAUUUUUGUUUUAAUUUAGUUAAUCAUAAUCUGCAUCCACUUUUUUAUCAAUUUGAAAUUUUUUCAGUUUCAUUUUCUUUUAGAUUCAUUUUUUCUGUUGUUUUUGGAUUGUGCAAUGAAAACCGAAGUUGGCCACCUAAAUAUAUUUCUUGUUGAUGAAUGGAUUAUUAUUAAAUAUGUAGAAAAUAAA